UGCUCUUCAUUGUGUUUACUAGCCGUCAAAAGGUGGCUUAAUAGUGUAGUAACAAAUGAUUUUUCCAGCACUUUAUAACGUAAUGGACCGGUCGAUGAUUUAGCGGGGAGAUUCGGUGACUCUAAUAUCAGAAAACAUGAACAAGGGUUGGCUUGAGUUAGAAAGUGACCCGGGGUUGUUCACACUUUUGGUGGAGGACUUUGGUGUGAAGGGAGUUCAGGUGGAGGAGAUCUAUGACCUGCAGAGCAAAUGUCAAAGUCCUGUAUACGGCUUCAUCUUCCUCUUUAAAUGGAUCGAGGAGCGAAGAUCUCGGCGGAAAGUGUCUACACUGGUAGAUGAGACCUCUGUUAUCGAUGACGACAUUGUUAACGACAUGUUUUUUGCUCAUCAAUUAAUACCAAACUCGUGUGCUACUCACGCCCUCUUAAGUGUGCUUCUAAACUGCAGUGGCGUUGAGUUGGGAACAACUCUGAGUCGCAUGAAGGCUUUCACUAAGGGCUUCAGUCCUGAGAGUAAAGGUUACGCCAUCGGAAACGCCCCAGAGCUUGCGAAAGCCCACAACAGCCAUGCAAGACCGGAGCCACGACACUUGCCGGAAAAACAGAACGGCAUCAGUGCCGUCCGGACGAUGGAGGCAUUUCACUUCGUUAGUUACGUACCAAUUAAAGACCGACUGUUUGAGCUGGAUGGGCUGAAGGUGUACCCAAUUGACCAUGGGCCAUGGGGAGAGGACGAGGAAUGGACCGACAAAGCCAGACGGGUCAUAAUGGAGCGAAUCGGGCUGGCGACUGCAGGAGAGCCCUACCAUGACAUCCGCUUCAAUCUCAUGGCAGUGGUUCCAGAUCGCAGGGUCAAAUACGAAUCCAGGCUUGAUGUCCUGAAACAGAACAGACAGAUCAUUCUAGAGGGGCUCAAGCAGGUUAGAGACAAAAAAGUGAUUCGGAUGUCCCAUCAAGAAUCAGGCCAAGACCGCAAGCAAGACUCCUCCUCCUCCGAGGACACAUCCCCUGCUGUGAAAAAGGAGGAGGGGCCAGAGACACCAAUACCUUUGGGUACUGAGCAGGCCCUGCCCAAAGAAACUCAGAAAGGUGCUGCCACUGUAUCGAGUCCAGCUGGAAAAGUCAAAGCCAUUGCUAAACCCUCUGCCCUGCCAACAGGAGGUGCUCCACCACCAGCCCCUCUGCCCUUACCUAACCCCAACAUCAUUGUUCAGCGUUUGCCAGCUUUCCUAGACAACCACAACUACGCCAAGUCCCCCAUGCAGGAAGAGGAAGAUCUCGCUGCAGGUGUGGGUCGCACGCGUGUACCCAACCCUCCCCAGCCCCCUUAUUCUGAUGAUGAGGAUGACUAUGAUGAUGAAGAGGAAGAGUGUAGCACUACAGGUGCUUCCAGCAGGUUCCGCAGGAAGGCGGGUUUACGUGCACGUGCUGUGGGUCGCAGUGGAGUGGCUGCUGUUAAGGCCAUGGAUGGUCACCUAGCACUCAGUGUUUUAGCGGAGAAACUCAAGAAGGAGGCACAGAGGAAGGAUGCUAUGCCAACAGCAGGUUCGGCAUCUCUGAACGUACGCACAGAGGGUCGCACAGGCGGAAUCAGCAUCACCGCGGCCUGCCAGCCAUCACCCACACCCAGUAACGAGAGCACAGAUACGGCCUCCGAGAUCGGCAGCGCGUUCAACUCGCCCCUACGCUCGCCUGCGCGAUCGCAGGCCACUACGCGUCCAUCCAGCCCUGUGGCUUCCCACUUCGCGGGUCGCGUGCUGUUCGGGGAGGAGGAAGGGCUGCUAAGGUUAGACGCACGACACAAUCGUGCUGUUCGGGACUUGGGGGUGCAAGUGAGCUUGACGUUGCUGCAACUGCAAGAGGAUGGAGUCAUGUACGCCAUGACACCUACAGGUAAACGCGGUGUAGAGAAAAAGGAGAAAGAAGAGGCUACUGGUCCAGGAGGAGGAGAGAAGGGGGUGAAGGAAGGACCAUCAGUGGAUAUCAAACAGAAAGACAUCAAAGAUGCAUUGGAGGUCAAACCAGACAAAGAGAACCUGCCAUUCACAGAGUCGGAGAUCAACACCAAACCUGCUGGAGAGAAGUACACUCCCAAAGAGUUACUGGCCCUGCUGAAAUAUGUGGAAGCUGACAUCACCAACUAUGAAUUGUGUCUUAAAGAAGAAGUGGAGAAAAGGAAGAAGUACAAGAUCGAUGACCAGAGGAGGACGCAUAACUAUGACGAGUUUAUCUGCACCUUCAUAUCAAUGCUGGCACAAGAAGGUAUGUUAGCAAGUCUGGUUGAGCAGAACAUUUCCGUCCGUCGCCGACAGGGCGUGAGCAUCGGCCGCCUCCACAAACAACGCAAACCCGACCGGCGGAAACGCUCACGACCGUACAAAGCCAAGCGCCAAUGAAAACUCCAAAACGGCUUUGAACAGGAUCAACGGUUUGACAAGUAGCAUGGCAGACAUUGAACAACCGAAUCAGGCGCUAACGUCGAGAGGUUGUCCUGAAGACGGACUAAAUGACACCUCAUAAACAGUGUUAGCGUUUCUACCAAACUGUUGCAAGCAAGAUUCCAGCUUUGCACUUCAGCGGUCAUUGUAUUCUCAUGAAUCAUUACUUUGUACUACAUCAAACAAAUAAAAACACAACAACAUUUGUGCUUUGAGUGCUGGGGCUAGACUGAUUCACUCUCGGAAUUCCAAGCCAGACUUCCCAAGCAUCCAGUCUAUGUAAUAUCAAAGUUUUGCCAUUCCUGAUUCGCUCAACAUGCAAAAACAUGAUUUUCUUACUGUCUUUUUGUCUCGUUUUUCCACUUAAAAUAUCUAAAAACAUUCUUAAAACAACACAUUUAUUUGAGAAGCAAAAUGACUAAAUAUAUUUGUUCUUGUCUUCAGAGAAAUCCAAUGCAAUUUAGUUAAUAAUAAAUCCUGGCCUUCUCUGAAAACAAGACUUGCCACUCAUCCAAGAAGUUUUUAUUUAGAAAAUAUGUUUUAGGUAUCAUGUUGGUGAUGUAUGAUGUUUCCAAUCGCCAAUCAGGAUGGGAUUCUCGAAGAGCGUUUGUGUUGUUCACAUUGAGAAUCCAUUUCUGGGAUAUAAGAAACAAAAGAAGAUCCUGGUCUUGUACUGUUACUUUUGGAUAUUUUAAGGCUUGAUUCAUGAGUUGGUUCAUGAAUGUGUGUACUGUAUGUAUCAUUUUAUACAAAUUGAACUCUUGUGCAAACUAUCAAUGUCAGAAAUACAGACUGAUCUUAGGAGGUUUGUUUUUGUUGGUAGAAUAUAGACGAAUAGGUUUGUCUCAAGACAUGGUCUGUCAUUCUGUACAUAUGUAUUUGUGUAUCACCUUAUGUCCAUACAGGGCUUUCAGAUUUCUAGACAAUGAAUAAAUGCUUCAA